CCAAAAGAAAAACCUAGAACCCCGUCUUUCUCUUCCUCUUUCUCUCGAGCGGCUGAGUUCCUCAUUGAUCCCUCCUCCUCCGCCUCCUCCUCUGCCUCCGACGCCGCCUCCGCCCCGGCAUCACCCUCUCCCUCAUCAUCUCCCUCUGCGAUCGCGGAGUCAAUCCCGAAGCCCUAGCCGCCCUCGUCCGCGAGCUCUCUUGGUCAUCUUCAACUGCAAUCUUGGUCAUCAAAGGACUCAAUCAAUGGAGAAGCCUUCAUACAUGAGGUUCAAAGGCAGUCGCCAUUUCAAACAGCGUCUCCUCCUCUCGACUCUCUCUCAUCGAUCGAUCAUCGUCGAAGAGAUUCGAUCAAACGAGACCCCGCCAGGGCUCAGGUCCUACGAAAUCUCGCUGCUCCGCCUCAUCGAGAAGAUCUCCGAUGACUGCAAGGUCGAAAUCAAUGAAACCGGGACGAAGCUGAAGUACAAGCCUGGAGUUUUGAUGGGAGGGAGGAAUUUGGUGCAUGAUUGCGGUCUUGGUCGAUCCAUUGGUUACUUUCUGGAGCCUCUUGUAGUUCUUGGGCUAAGAGGGAAGAAACCCCUCUCUAUUAGGCUUAAAGGAAUUACAAAUGAUCCCAAAGAUCCGAGUGUUGAUACUUAUCGUCAUACAACAUUCCAUAUUCUUGAGCGUUUCGGUGUUCCUAAAGAAGGAUUGCAGUUGAAAAUUGAAAGUAGGGGUUCUCCUCCUCUUGGGGGUGGAGAGAUUCUUCUAGGAGUUCCUAGUCUACCUAGCUUCUCGGCGAUUACUUGGAUAGAUGAAGGAAGGGUUAAGAGAAUUAGAGGGGUAACAUUCACCACUAAGGUAUCUGCCGAUUUUGAUCAUCGUAUGAUGUAUGCUACACGUGGGGUUUUUAAUCGUCUCCUUCCGGAUGUUCGGAUAGAGAAGGACCAUAGGUCUGAGCCAAAUGCUGGAAGAUCUAAAGGUUAUGGUCUGUCGUUGGUUGCUGAAACGGAUUCAGGCUGUUUCAUCUCAGCAGAUGUGGCGAUUUGUUAUCCAAAAGUUGAUGAAAUGGAGACUUUUGAUGAUUCCGAGGAGAAACCACAGUUAUUGCCUCCUGAGGACGUUGGAAUUCAAGCUGCUUCUAUUCUACUUGGGGAGAUUGAGCAGGGAGGGGUAGUCGAUUCAACACAUCAGGGAUUGUUAUUUCUUCUUUGUGCUUUAUGCCCAGAGGAUUUUUCCAAGGUUCGUGUGGGGAAGCUUACACCGUAUGGUAUUGAGACGUUGAGACAUCAACAAACACCAUCAUCCUCAAAUGUUAGAGAUUUUCUUGGAGUAACCUUUAUUUUCGAACCAGAUCCAGCAACAAACACCAUCAUCCUCAAAUGUUGUGGAAGUGGGUUGCCCAAUCUCUCUAGAAGAAUUUCAUAAGAGGUUAUCAGUAUAGCUUGACGCACAUCAAUCUUUGGUUGUCUUCUACUUCCAAUCUUCCGUCUUCCCAUGAUUCUACCUGAUAUUUCUAAAAGUUUUGAGGUUUAACAAUGAAUUUAUAACAAUUAAUUUCGACGCAUUGUGCCUGUGGUUCACAAAGAUGUGUGCACCCAAGGCUGAGCGUACUCACAGUUCAGAAAUCCGUAUGUAAUUUCCAAGGCAAGUUAAAAAAUUUGUGAGAUGAGCGCGUCACUUUUUUUUAAUGGAUUUAUUGAGGCGGCACAUACUUAUCAUGAAAAGAAGAAAUACCGCAGUUUAUAGUAUAUGCCAACGUCCAUUGGUAUGUGGCUUUUUCUA